AUGAUGAAAGUACAGCAGGAUCUUCAAAACAGUCUCGACAACCAAGAAAUGAAUCAAGAUCGUCAUCAAACUCUGAUUAUGAGCGCAGUGCUCUGGUAUCAGCUUGGUCAGAUGAAGAUGACUCUGAGAACUCCGAUGACUCUGAAGAGUCUGAAGUAUCGGAUGAGUCAGAGGUUGAUUCUAAAGAGUCAGGUCGGGAUGAGAGUUCCUCAGCUGAUGAGCACUGCAAUGGUCAUAUUGCUCUUAUCUCCAGGAAGAGAUAUAAUCAGACUCAAACAUCACUCCAGCAACCUUCACAGGAAUCAAUAAUACUCUUAGAUCACAGUGAAUCAGAUACAAUUUUAGCUCAAAGUAAAUCAAAUGAAAUCUUAAAUCACAGUGAAUCAAAUAUAAUCUUAGAUCACAGUGAAUCAAAUAUAAUUUUAGAUCACAGUGAAUCAAAUAUAAUCUUAGAUCACAGUGAAUCAAACAUAAUUUUAGAUCACAGUGAAUCAAAUAUAAUCUUAGAUCACAAUGAAUCAAAUAUAGUCUUAGAUCACAGUGAAUCAAAUAUAAUCUUAGAUCACAGUGAAUCAAAUAUAAUCCUAAAUCACAUUAAAUCAGAUAUAAUCAUAGGUCAUAGUGAAAACGAACUGACUCCCACAUCUAAUAUUUCAAACUUCACACUGGCAUUUGAAAAAUCAACGUUAUCAUCAGAAAUCAAUGAAAUCAAUGAAAUUAAUGAAAUCAAUGAAAUCAAUGAAAUCAAUGAAAUCAAUGUAGCUGAUGACUCAUUUUUGCCUUUGACCUCACUUAAACAUGACAUUUUUCCUAUCUGUGAUCAACCUGAGACAUGUUCAGCAUCUGAUCAACCUAGCCUCAGUGUGGCUUCUGAUCAACCUUGCAUUAUCUUGGUCUUUGAUCAAUCUGAAAGCAGUGAAGCCUCUGAUAAACCUUGCAUUGGCUUGGCCUCUGAACAACCUGACAGCACCUUGGCCUCUGAUCAACCUGAUCGCAGCUUGGCCUCUGAUCAACCUUGCAUUAGCUUGACCUCUGAUCAACCUAGCAUUGGUUUGGCCUUUGAACAACCUAUCAAUAGUAUGGCCUCUGAACAACCUAGCAACAGUUUGACCUCUGAUCAACAUCGCACGGCCUUGACCUCUGAUCAACUUGAACAAUCUAACAAGAGUUCAGGCUCUUCAGAACCAAAUAUCAGUUCAGCUUCUUAUCAGCCCAACAUUAACUGUUUACUGGACCAAUCUAAUACUAUAAGUGAUGUAGGUUCUGAUCAAGCUAAUGAAGAACAACCCCAGAAUGAGCAAAAACAGACUCCAGUCUUUCAAAAAACUAUAACUACUGAAGAAACACUUGAGGAAGCAUCUGAAUCUCGCAACCUAGGCUCAGACUACAAAGUAGCCUUUGAUUUCUAUAAACCAAAUUUGAUUUACGAGGAAACCAGUUCUAUUACAGAUAAUGAAAACAAACCCAUUACUUACUCUGAGACUGAAUCUGUCUCUCAUGACAUUAUUGAAAAUAUCGAUGUCUCAGAGGUAAACUCUGUUAACAACAGUCUAAGACCUGGUAUUGAUGAUGAAUCUUAUCUCACUUCAGUCUCUGAAGAACACACAAAUCCUAUUGAUGAACUAAAUCUGAACGAAUUAAAUGUUGAGAAUAACUUAAGUAAAGCAGAGAAUAAAACUUCAUUAAGUAAUAAAGGAAAACAUAAUGACACUAAUAAAGAUAAUGAAUUAAAGGAGAACUGUAGUUUCAUUGAAGCAAUGGAAAUUUUGAAUUGCCAAAAUCAGCUUUUGCGUAAUCAAGAAGAAAAUGAUCCUAAAGAAUAUAAUGAUUGUCAAUUUGCAAUCGAAUGUAGUAAACAACUAAAUGAUAAUAUUAAUCAGAUUAGAGACAAAAGAGAAGCAGCUGAUCAUGAUGCACAAGGCAAACAUGAGAAUAAUGAACUCAGAGUUGAAAGUGAUCUUACCAUUCACAACUUUAUAGAUAUAAUACAUUAUGGCACAGAACCAACAGAGCAUGAAAACGUUCAGGAUGUUCUAAAAACAAAUCAUCUGGAUUCUGUAAUAAAUUUCUCUUCUGCCCAAGGUGAUCAAUACACAAAUCAAACGGAAGUUUCUCAAGAAUUUAAAGAAAAUGAACUUAUAAAAUCUGUGCUUGAUCUUAGCAAAGCUGAUAUCCUUCUUCGUAAAACUGGUCUUGAAAUAGCUGAUCUCUCUGAGUCUGAUAUCAUUUUGGAUAUGGACACAGUGAUAUCCCGAGAGAGAAAAUAUGAUUCAAAUAAUGAUCUACAUUUGCAUAAUGUAAAUGACCCCAUUGAAAUAAAAGAUGAUGCUGGAAAUCAAAAUAAAUAUUCGGAAUAUCAAAGUGAAACUUUUAAGAAUCAAAGUGAGAUAGAACUGAAUCAAAGUGACCCUAUAAAUAUCAUUGAUAAAACUACAGAUCAGAUUGUGACAAAUGAAAACAAACUUCAAGAAACAAAUUUAGAAAAUCAAGCAAUAGUAGAAAAUAAACAUGAUCAAGAGCAAAAAGAACAUUGUCAAGAUCAUAGCGAACUAAAUCAAAAAAAAAGUUCGGUAAAUCAAGUCAAUUCUGCACAUAGUCAUGAGCUUAAAGAUCCUGUGGAAAAUCAAGCAACAAGCAAAAAAAAUUGCUCUGCUGCAAAUUCUUGUAAUAAUCAGGAUGAAAUUACUUGUGACAAAUCUAAAGUUGACACCAAUAAUCCUGAAAUAGCUGAUGAACCUGACAUAGGUUCUGAUGAUGAAGGUUCAGAAUUCUCAGUAUCUGAUCUAUCCUGGUAUAAAGAAUAUUUGGGUCCAGUAUUCAGAAGCGAGAGAGGGAGAAGACCAGACGAGGAUGGAGAGGAUGAGGACAGAGGCCGGAGGCUGGAGGACGAUCAGGACGAGGAUGAAAGAGGUCGCCGACUUGAUGACGACGAGGACGACGAUGUUGCCGGUCUCCAGUCCGACGAUGACGAACAAGAGGCCCUGGCCGAUUAUGUAAAAGGUGGAUAUCACCCUGUAAACAUAGGAGACCAGUUCGAGUCUAGAUAUCAGGUUAUCCGUAAACUUGGUUGGGGACAUUUCUCUACAGUUUGGUUAGCCUGGGAUACCAGGGGACAAAGGUUUGUUGCCCUGAAAGUUGUGAAAAGUGCCACACACUAUACGGAGACUGCACUUGAUGAAAUUAAACUCCUCAAAUGUGUUAGAACCUCGGACGAAAAAGACGUUUUCCGGGAACGAACCGUCCAACUGUUGGACGAUUUUAAGAUUGUUGGGGUGAAUGGAACCCAUGUUUGCAUGGUCUUUGAGGUUUUAGGGCACAAUCUUCUGAAGUUUAUAAUACGAAGCGAAUACCAGGGAAUUCAUCUCUAUAAUGUUAAACUCAUCAUGAAACAGGUACUAGAGGGGUUACUGUAUCUACAUGAUAAAUGCAAGAUAAUCCACACAGAUAUAAAACCUGAGAAUAUACUAGUCUGCGUGGACCAGGGUUAUAUCAGACGGAUUGCAGCCGAGGCGACAUAUCACUUUAAAUCCGGACUCAAGCUUCCCAACUCAGCAGUGAGUUCAGCACCGGAGUUGAUGUCACGCAGUUCCAGAACUAGAAGUCCGAGACAUAGAAACUCUAGGAGGAAUCUAGACAGCUACUCUAGUGCUCCGGAUGAGCUUGUGAGUCCUAGAAGUAGAAUAAUGUCUGAUGAUGAUAACUUUAACGAGGUAAUUAUGAACAUUUAAAAACAAUGAAAGGAA